CAAAAUUCACCAGAGUCACCUUUCCUGUGAAUGAUUUAAGAGAUAACAUCUAUUUCUUAUAAAAAUUUGGGAUCGAUCUAGGAAAAGGCACAUACUCUUUCAGAGCUAGACUAACCAAACCAUUCGAUGAAUAAACAGAUGAUUUUGUUUACUUCAGAUUCCACAUCUUCACUGAUGAUUAUUGGCCUAUCAAUAAGAGAUCGUUGGGCACUUAUUAAGAGAGAGAAAAAUUGCCAUUAAAUGGUAAUUGGAGUAAUCUUAAAUAAAAGAAGAUAAAUUUGUAUUACAGAGAUAAGAUCUACAUUGUGGCUACUUCAGAUUGCGAUGGAGAGUUGGCUAAGGUUGAAGGAUAUUCAAUAGAAAUGGAAAUUACCGCUUUAAAUAAUGAAUCUCACUUUUCUUGUGAAGAUAAUGGAAUUCAAAAACUAUAUGGAAUCCAAAUUAUUUGCAGUAUUCUUAUUGGAGCGUAUUGUCUAAUAAAAGGAAAGGACGAUCAGUUUAUCAAAUAUGUCACGAGAGUACUCUUAAUCGAUAUCAUCGCUGAAGUGCUGUUUUUCCUGCAUUAUACAUUAUACAGUUUAUAAUGGAGUGGGGAUCUAUUUCUUUGAUCUAUUAGGCAGCAUAUGUAACAAUGCCUCUUAAUUGUUGUUCGCAUUUCUAUUUGUGGCAUUGUCACAAGGCUGGACUAUUACGAAGCAAGAACUCAAUACAGUUUAAUUCUUUCCCUUCAUCUCAAUGAUCGUAGUGUAUCAGUCGAUUAUUAUGAUAAUCAUUAAGUAUUUUGAUGGAAGUGAAGACAAGUAUCAUAAUUUUUAUGGAAUUGGAGGAUGGUUGUUGAUGUUAUCGAAAAUUGGAUUGACAUUUCUAUACUCUUAUGGAAUUCAUAAUCUGAAUAAGUAAGUUAAAUAAAAACAAUUUAUUUUCUUAAUUGCUCUGGUUGGAAUCUUAUACUAGAUUCACUACCCGGUUGUGGUAUUUAUCUCCGAGGUAUUCGUGGUUUCAUAUUGGAAAAAUCGAGUAAUUACAAUGACUUCUAUUCUGGUUUCCCAUUUUUGCAUGGUUUUUUGUGCUUUUAUUUGCACUACCAAAUCCACUGCCUAUUUUUAAUUGAAAAAUUAGAGUUAGACUAUAAUCUGA